AUGUCUUCCAUAUUCAAACUACCUAAUGAGGUCGUUCUCCGCAUACUUAAAAGCCUCAACACUGAAAAAGUCACUGAGUUGGUUCAUUACUUCAAAAACAUUGAGUCAGCACUGCCAAUCAUGGUUUUGCUUUACCAACGUUUAUUUGGUGGUGUGCUUUUGAUACUGAACGGUGCACCCCGUGUUGACUCUAGAGCAGAUUUUGGGCUUACUAUUAGUGCAUUCGAGGACAAGAUGGUGAAUGAUGGUUCUUUUGAAGGUAAAUUGUUUCAACACGUACGUCCGAAAUUGAUUGAGUUUAAAUUUACCAGACAAACCAGUGACUACCAUCAAUUCAUCAGUGACCUAAACGGACUUCUUCGUCUUCUUGAGUCCAAUGAUCUGAAUAUAUGCAGUUACUUUGAACAUGCGCAACAAAUCAACAUCCAUAUUGAUGCUCAUUUGGUAUUUAUUGAAAACCCCGAUUCCCUUAAUUCAAUCAUUAUCAAGCUACUAUUGGAGCUAAGUCGACACAAUUUGACGCAAAAGAUUAACAAAUUUACAAUAAAAUCAAGUGAAAUUGGUAGUCUUUAUGUUGCUCAUUGGUCAAAGCUUUUCCAAUACUUUAGCUCAUUAAACACACUUGAUCUUUCAGAGAAUCUAAUACGAAGCAAUCACGAGCAUUUCUUGGAUGUGUGGGGUAUGCUGAAGAAGUUCCCCAGUAAUUUAACCACGUUGAAUAUGAAUAAUAACAUGUUGACUUAUAUUUCAAAGGAUUUUAUUUACAAUCUACCACCAAGUCUAGAAGUUUUGUUGAUGAAUCAAAACGAAGUUGAAAUUGUCGAGCCGUGUGACUUACUGGAGCCAUUGCCUAAUUUGAAGAAUUGGAGUUUGAAUUAUACCAAAUUGUGUGUGCUUAGUCCUAUUAUGUUCAAAAAUUGUGGCAAAGAUUUUGUGUUGGGAAUAAAGUCAACUUAUCUACCAGAAAGUGAUUUGAUCAAAUUGCAAGCGAUUGCAAAGAGUCGUGGGUUCAAGAUUCUUUUAUAG